UCUAUUCCCUUUCUAUUUCUCAAACUUCCUCUUUCUCUUUCUUUCCCCUCCUCCUUCCUUUUCUUCAUCCCUAAUAUCCCUUCGACGAUACUACAAAAAACGUUUUGAAAAAUCGUACGAAAGGAUGCAUUGAAGGAUAAAGAAAGAAUGUCGACGGAAGGAGCACACGGAAGAGGCAUGACUUCCGCAAUCCUCUCCACGUUUCUUCUUCUUCUUCUUUUGCUACUGGACCGCACCGCAGAUGCACAGAGAAGCUUAGAAUUCUUCGAUCUUCUGCCGGAGGAUCCAAAACUUUACGAUAAAAUGAGACCACCGAAAAAAGAUGGACAAGCAACCGUCGUCUAUUUUCACGUCACCGUAAUGGGUCUCGAUUCGAUCGAUGAAAAUUCAAUGACCUACGCUGCGGACAUAUUUUUUGCUCAAACGUGGAAGGACAACAGACUGAGACUACCAGAGAAUAUGACUUCGGAGUAUAGAUUAUUAGAAGUCGACUGGCUGAAGAACAUGUGGCGACCUGAUUCCUUUUUCAAGAAUGCCAAAUCGGUGACCUUUCAGACGAUGACGAUACCAAAUCAUUAUCUCUGGCUCUACAAAGACAAAACUAUCCUAUAUAUGGUGAAAUUGACAUUAAAGCUCUCUUGCGCUAUGAACUUCUUGAUUUAUCCGCACGACACGCAGGAGUGUAAACUGCAAAUGGAGAGCCUGUCUCACACGACGGAUGAAAUGAUCUUCCAAUGGGAUCCCGAUGUACCACUUGUUGUCGAUGAGAACAUAGAAUUGCCCCAAUUACAGCUCGUGAAGAACUAUACGGCUGACUGCACGCAAGUCUAUUCCACUGGUAACUUCACCUGCUUGGAAGUGGUAUUCGUAUUGAAACGACGACUCGGUUAUUAUCUCUUUCAUACAUAUGUUCCCACGUGUUUAAUCGUAAUCAUGUCGUGGGUCUCAUUUUGGAUCAAACCAGAAGCUGCACCAGCCAGAGUGACCUUAGGAGUGACAUCGUUGCUGACCUUAUCGACUCAACACGCGAAGAGUCAAGCCUCUUUACCACCGGUCUCCUAUUUAAAAGCUGUCGAUGCCUUUAUGUCGGUCUGCACGAUAUUCGUGUUCAUGGCAUUGAUGGAAUAUUGUCUGGUGAACAUCGUUCUCGGUGAUUCCGAUGCGCCGGCAGCAAAACCACCACCACCUCCGGCACCGCCAUCUUCUAGCGCUGCCGACUCUGCUAAACUUGAUAAAAUCUUCGAUAUUGCAACUAAGGAAAAUGCAAUGUUGUUGUCCGGUCGAUCGCAGAAGUCGAAUUCAGGUCCACCACCAGGACCAACACCGGCUCAGAAAGCAAGAAUGAGGGCCUUGAACAUCGAUCGGGUCUCACGUGUUUUCUUUCCUUUUCUUUUCGCUGUAUUGAACGUCACUUAUUGGAUAAUGUUUGCUGAAUAUAUUUAAAAUCUUCUUUUAUCCGAUAAUUUGCGGAAAGAGAGAGAAAAAGAGAAAUAUCGGAAUGCAAGAUACGCGUUUAAAACGAGAAGGAGUGAGAAAGAUGAAAUGUAAAAUUGAAUGUAUGUAAAGAGUGUAUGUGUGUGAAAGAGAAAAAGAGAGAAAGACAAAAAGAACGAACACACAUUUGUUAUUAAAAAGAUGACAUCAAGUCGUAAACGAAAAGGAAAACUACAAAAAAAAGAAAAGAAGAGAAACCUAGCUUAUUUUUAACUCGAAAAACUCGUGUAUCGUUACAAGAUGCAUAAACGAUAGAUAAAAACGUAUUAUGUAGAUAUAUCUCGCGCUCUUUUUUCUCUAAAUAAAUGGCUAUCUAAAAAAAAAAAAAAAAAGAAAGAAAAAGAUCAAUUAUCGAUAAAGAAAAAUUUGGACGCCAAAUACGAACGAUCGUCGCGAUCGAAGAUCGAGAUAUCGAUUCGUUGAUCUAUCGCGAUAAGAAAAAAAAAAGUGAGAGGAGUUAGGUGAAGUCGAAUCUGUAAUUAAUUAUUAUUAAAGGGUUUUCGCUUAAAAAAAAAAAAAAAAA